AUGGAUGCCUCAUCUGCUCAGGUGAAGGUCGUCUUCACCACCAACGAGGAAGAUCUCGUCCUCUCAGAGUCCAGAAGACAAUUGCUCGUACCGGCAGACAUCAAGCGCUAUGGCCUCUCCCGCAUUCUGAAUUCCGAGUCGAUGCUGGAUACUUCCUCGCCAGUCCCUCUCGACUUCCUCGCAAACGGCACAUUCCUCAAGACGAGCAUCGAAGAAUACCUCAAAUCGAAUGGCCUUUCUCAAGAGACAACCUUGACUCUCCAAUAUGUUCGCAGUCUCCUCCCGCCCGUUUACGAGGCUAGCUUCGAGCACGACGACUGGGUCAGUGGAGUUGACGUCUUGUCAUCGACUUCUGCUGCUGGACUGCUUGCUGGAGAUGCUGUUGUGAACGAGCGAGUUGCUAGCGCUUCUUAUGAUGGUCUGGUGAGAAUCUGGAACCCCUCUGGAACCGCGAUUGCCGUCUCUGCUGGUGGCAAAGGUGAAGGACACACUCAGCGCAUCAACGCUGUGCGAUGGCUGUCUUCGACUCAGCUGGCGUCAGCUGGCCUGGAUAGAAAGGUCAUGGUCUGGGACUACAAAGAGGCAAACGAUGGCUUCUCUGGCUCUCUUAAACCCAACAUGGAACUUUGGGGGCAUGAGAAGAACAUCAACAGCAUCGAUGUCAACGGUUCUACCCGACGUAUCCUAACGGCGUCCUCAGACGGUCGCGUUGGCCUGUGGUCCGCUUCCAAGAGGACAGCACCUCAGGCUGAUCCCGAGACUCUCCCCUCCGCUCAUAGCACCAAGCGAGCUAAGCUAUCCAACGCUGGCUCUACUGCUCAGCGUGGACCUUUGGCAAUGAUUCCUCUGCACGACGAAUCGGUUACUGCUGCUAUUUUCCACCCCAAGGAUUCGACCGUCGCUUACUCGGCUUCUUUGGACCACACAGUCAAGACGAUCGAUCUCACAACACAACAAGAGGUGUCCCGCCUCACUACCAUGCACCCCAUCCUCUGCGCAACAGCACUCCCUGGCGCAAACCUAGUAGCGGCUGGUUCCUCGGCGCGACACAUCACCCUGCUCGACCCCAGAGAGUCGGUUGCCGCAACCGCGGCCAUGACGCUCCGAGGCCACGUCAACAUGGUUGUCUCCGUGGCUCCCUGCCCGGAGAAUGACUACUCGCUGGUCUCUGGCUCGCACGACAGCACGUGUCGCGUGUGGGAUCUGCGUAGUUCCCGGACCGCAUCAUCUGAUGAGGGCAACGGCAAUGUCAGCGAGCCCGUCUAUACUAUUGGCCGAGAGUGGCUGAAGGGCAAGAAGCUGCCUCCUGCUGGCGAUGGCGCCAAGGUGUUGAGCGUGGUGUGGGACAAGACAUGGGGAAUUGUGAGUGGAGGAGAAGACAAAAAGGUGCAGAUCAACAGAGGUACAGGAUUGCUGGCGUUAUAG